AUGGGAGUCUGCAAAGGAUUGGUCAUUGACCGUAGCGUGAUCAGCGAGUUUGCUGGCAAGAUUAGCCUCAAGGGAUUGAAAGAUAUAAAAGUGAAUUUGGAAAACGAGUUGAAGUCGUUGACAUCACCCAUGCGGUUUUCAUUCUCCAAUACAACAGUGGAAGUAUCCAAGAACAGUGAAGACUUUAUUAUUCUUCCUCCCGAUCUAGUAUCGUCUGAUAUUUAUGAAAAACUUGGGUUGGAAUUUUUGAACGAAGAUGGAUACAAAUUCAAGUUAUUUGACAAAGACUUGAUGAUUCCCAAAGACUUCAAGACUUUGUUUCUAUACAACACUUCGACCCCUUUAUCCAUUCCCACUUCAAAACACGACAACUUAGCCAAAUUUAUUGAUGAGAGCUUGCCUUUCAACUUGCCACCUUAUAUGAACUUGAUCAACCACUAUUUGGUUUUACCUAGGUCAUACUUGAAUGAAAAACUUAAAACCAGUGGUGAAGCUUUUGAAACACUUGCUAAGUUAUCUUCAAUGUUUUCAAGAGGAAUUUUAAUAUCUUCCAGCUCAUAUUUGCCCAUUUUCAGAGCAGUUAUGAGUGAAAAUGUCCCGUUUAUGGUUUUCAUGUUUUCUGAUUCUACAAUUGAUAAGUUUGAGGAACAGAGAAACCCAAUCAUGACUGUGAAAAACUAUCUUGGAACUGAAAAGAAUAUUAUUUCAAACUUCUUUGAUACAUUUGCUGAAAAUUGGAUCAACAAUAUCAACUAUGACAGUUUAAUUUCAUCUGUUUUUUGCACCACCAACUCCAACAACUUGACUGAUAGCUACUGUUUGAAAAUUCGUGACAAAAAUGCGUUGCUUCUUUUCCCAGCCUUUUAUGAAGUAUCACAACUAUUGAAUUUUGAGGAACAAGAACCUCAACUUAUGAAACGAGCUGACGAGCCCCUCGCUGAAGCUCAGGUCGUCCGACAGGUUCAUAAUAGACUAAGCAACUAUGCCGAAAAGUUUAACGAUGUCUCAUACGAAUUUGCAACGGAACCCAAGCAGCUAAUUGAAAGAGUUGAUGAAAGAUUAGACCAGAAGAGUUAUAAAUUCUUCGAUAAAAUUGAUGAAAAGACGGACAAUAUUGCAGAUAAAAAGGAUUCCUUAGUUCAUCAAGUAGCAGACAAGGUGAGAAUGAUCAAGGGACUGCUUGAUUUCAAAGAGCUCUUCAAUGAGGAUUAUGAUACAAAGGAGAGUGAUUACGAUGUUGAUGGAGACAAUUUAAUGGGGAAGAGAACCGUCGAAGAAGAGGAGGAUAACCUUUUUGAAUACCAACAAGAGGAAGGAAUAGUGUUACCAUUGUCAUUGGUGAGGGUAGAAGAAUAUUCAUUGUCGUCCCCAAGGCAUAAGAAAUUUAGCCAAGUUCUAUUUGAAGAUACUGACGACAACGAGCAUACUCUUUCGAAGCGGUUCACGAUUUUCAGCACAGACGAAGAUUGUGAAAAGAUCACUUGGUACAAAGUCUUCCAUUAUAGCAUCUUUGGAAAGCCAAGAUUUUGUUUAUCCAAUUACUAGAGGUAUAUUAGAGAAUAUGAAUUUGCACGAAUAUAUUUGCAAUGCUUACUUUUAUAUAGUUCACCUUUUAGUAGUUGAAUCGUUCAUCAUAGCCCAUCUCGGUGUUGUUUCACCUGAAAUUCACCCUUUGGUUAGAUGAAGAGCCCCCAUACGCGGUUGAUUUUUGUUGGUAUGGAUUUUUGAAACUUACCGAACUCGAACUAUUAUUGUUGUUUUGGUAAGCAAUAUUGCUAUUUCCCUGACCAGUUCUUUGGUAGUUGUUGAAAGCAGUACCAGGAUUACCCACAAUGGUAGAAGUUGGUUGCGUUGGUUCCAUAUUUUCCAUGUAGUAGCUGUUUCUCUUUGGGUCAUCCGCUUUGAAUGAUGUUGUUGAAUUAGACUGAUAGGCGUUCUGAUGGUUUCUGCUUUGAUUGGCAAACCCAGAUGAUGUCUCUUCGUCAUACACAGAAUCAUCGUCUUCAAAAUGCAGGACCUUAUUCUCAUGACCCUUCAUUGCACUUGCGCCUAAAGCCAUUAAUUCAUAAUCUUCAUCAUCUUGGUUGAUUGGUUGACCAGGUUUAGCACUCUUGUUAUCGAAUCUUGGAAUGAAUGAAACUCUAUCAUCCUUCAUUGGUUGGUAUCUAGUGUCUGGAUUUUGGUAGACCAAAGCCAACACACAAGUAACAAUUGUGAAGAUUAACAAAAAUAAGGCAAACACUGCAUUAAGAAUGAAAUACACAAUUCCCAUAACAGAAGCGACAAUUUGAGGUUGUCCAAAGAUGUAACUGAAGAACAUGAAGAACAAAGCGUUGAUUGUGUUUAUCACAGCAAUAACAAUAUUGAAAGCGUUGGUUCUCUUAUCCAUGAAAGGUCUGAAGUAACACAAGCCAACAAAAUAGAUCAAUUCGAUGGCAAAAAUAAUGACAGAUUGAACUUCACCUCUCGUCUGCAAUACUGCCACAAACAAACACUUAAGGAAUACGUAUGACAAUGAAGCAAGAACAUAGUAAUAAGAGUCAGCCUUGUACUGGACAUACACAAAUCCGAAUUUGUUCAAAAAAGGACCAUCACCGUAUAACAAAUAGGCAGGAUUCUUGAAUUGUUGGACAGAUCUUCUGCCUCUCAAAAUGACUCUCACAGCAGCUUGGUAGAGCAAAGCAAAGCAAAUGACAAACAAAAACACAGCAACCACGACAGUUCCAGUCGAAUCUCUAGUAGUUAAUUCCCAAAGACACAUGACACACACAUGAGGGAAAGAAAUAACCAUCAAUCUAUACAAUGCACCUUUGAUAAUACUUGACCAUUGUUGUCUGUACUCAUUAAACUUACCUUCAUUCAUGAUUUUGGAUCUGAUCAAAAUUUCGAUAACAGCUUUGAAUAACAUCAAACAAACAAUCAUGACAAAGGCAAAGAACAACAAGAAGAUGAUACUGGUCAUAAAAACAUUGGUGAUUUCAAUUCCGGCCAAGUAGGCGACUCUUUGAAUACCUCUCAACACUAAAAUUUUGGACGACAAAUCAUUGUCCUUUUCGUUGACGGAAUACAAAUCAGGAUCCAAAGUAUCACUUUGACCAAAGUCAUCGGUUGCAAUUGACAAAGUAAGUCUCUUGAAAAGAGUGACAUGUUGAGAGUAUUGAGCCUUUUGAUACAAAUCAUUGAUGAACUCAACCGCUGAUCUCUUAGCCUUUUGAACCGAGAUAGACAAAUAAGAGGAGUCUAAGAUAUCGGUUGGAGUACCACCAGUUGACUGGAUGUACCAGUUGGAAAUAUCCUGAAUGAAGCCUAAUUUAAUGAUACCCACAGACCAUUGGAAAUUCUGAGCCCAUGCAGCAGCAAUUGGAGGAACUUUGGCCACAGCCAUCAUCGAGGUGAUAGCCAAACUCUGGAAGUAGAUAAACAAGGACAUCGAGUUGGAAGCGAUGUGAGCAGCAGUAUUGGAAUGGCCAAUGACUGAAAUCACACCAGCAGUAAUAACCCCUAACCCAGAGAUGGCAGCAAUGGGCCAAGAAGCGUACUUGGUUUGUACGGUCUUACCGUUGGUCAAAAUGGCUUCAACACAAGCCAAGGUCUCAUCGGUAUCAGAGUCGAGCAAGACCACUCUGACUCUGGCAUCCAAGUCGGGAAUGGUAUAGGCGAUACCUGGGAUCUGACUGGUAUCAGCCUUGGGAACCUUGAAGUCAGUAUUGACUUCCAAAUGCCCGGUGGUGAAGGGACAGAUGGUCUCGUAAUUCAAGGAACAAAACGAGAUGUUACUGGUGAAGGCAGUUAAACCGUAGGCAAUAAACUCCACGUUGGCGGUAACAUUAGCAUCGAUAUUGGAAAGAGCAGUGACAUCCACCACGGCCGUAUUGUUAUC